AAAUAUUUUCGUCUUUUUUUUCGUCACGAAAAUAUAUUUACAGACGAAAAUGAAACAAAAAUUCAAAAUAAAUGCUUGGAAAAAGACGAAGACGAUAAUUAAAUUGAUUGAAACUUUUCGUCAACGAAUGAAAGACGAGACGAAAAUCUACGAUGACGCUCUUCUACAUGGCGCUCUAUGGUGCGGUGCGCCUAUUGUGUUGUUGUGAGAUGCGAACGUAGUAGAAGACAAGGGGCGUGGCGUGCCGUGAACGUGCGGGACGACGUGAGAGAAGACAGACCCUGAAUAGUAUAAAGGGGCAGGUAUGCGCGGUGUGCUAAACAUAGCUCACUGAAUAUAUCGACGGCAUAAGAAGAAGGAGUAGAGGAAAAUGUUAACUGCUGGGCGAAAAAGAAGAGAAGAUGUGUGGAGUCAUUUUUCUUAUGAUAACAUUGCUACCAAAACUACAUGCCGAGAGUGUGGACUGUCGUUCCGAGGAAAGAACACAACGAAUCUGAAGAGGCAUCUACAGAAUGGCCACUUCGCCAUUUUCUCCGAGUUGCAGAAAACCAUUGCUGAUGGUGGCCAACCAGCUACCAAAAAGGCAAAAAUGUCCAACCAGAACAUUGAGGACGCAUUUACAAGUACUACAAAGUACAAGAGUGAUGCCAAAGAUCAACAAAUUAAAGAAGAGGCUAUCGCUACAUGGAUUGGAUGUACAGGAUUGCCGGUCACAACAGUAGAAGAUGAGGAUUUUAUUCUGAUGAUGGAAAGUUUGGAUAAGAAGUUUACUGUGCCAAAGAAAACCAAGAUAAGUAAUCUAAUUGAAAAACACUAUGAAAACAAAAAAGCUACAUUUAAGAAAAGACUGUCUAGUGCCAGAAAAGUAUGUAUUGGGACUGAUCUGUGGACUAAAAAGGGACUGACAGCAUCAUUCCUUGGCAUAAGUUGCUGCUUUUUCUGUGUUGAACAACAAAAACCAGAACACUUACUGCUAGCUCUUGAACAACUUGACCAUCCGCACACCGCCCAGUCCAUUAAGGCUUGUGUGGAAAAGUGCAUGCAAGAAUGGGGGAUCCCAAAUGAGAAAGUUCUCUCCGUAAUAACAGACAAUGGUAGCAAUAUGGUGGCAGCAUUCAAACAUAGUGCUCCAGAAGAUGAAGAUUCCAGCUCCGAUGAUCCAGAUGCAUCCAUCCUAAGUGAAAGUGAUUCCAAGGAGACAGAAAACCUGCAGUGUCAGGACAUGGGCAUGGACAGGAUGCCAUGUGUCGUCCAUACGCUGCAGCUUGUUGUCCACAUGAUAAACAAGGAGGAAAGCAUCAACAGAGUCUUGAACAAAGUCCGAUCAAUCGUGAAACUUUUUCGCAAGUCAUCAGUCGCAACACAGAAGAUUUUGGAUGAGUGCGGCCUAACUGUUGUGAAUGACUGCCCCACACGCUGGUCAAGUACUUAUGAAAUGGUUGCACGUCUCCUCAAAGUUAAAGAAUCUGUUUGUGAAGUAGCAAACGAGAUGGGAUGGGACUGCUUGCUCUCAAGUGAGUGGCAGAAGCUGAAGUCAAUGCAAGAACUUUUGCAGCCUUUUGCUGAACACACACAAACUCUUCAGAGUGACACAAUGUCGAUGUCAUUAAUACUCCCUGCUCUCUUUGAUUUACUCAGCCAUCUGGCAGAUGUGGAACAAAACACAAGUCGAGAUGUUGCUGCUCUAGCCCGUAAAAUGGAAGGUAAUGUGAACCAGCGUUUUGCCUGGGUACUUGAUCCCUCAGAUGACAAGUUUUCCCCGCUUGUAGCAGCUGCUUGCUUUCUCAAUCCUACUGUGUGUCAGACCCUCCUCAAUGUGGCUGAUGAUAACAUUCAGGAGCUGCUCAAGCAGGCAGAAGGGUAUGUUGUUCGGUGUUCUCAGACACAGGAGAACCACUCUGAUCUGGAGGAACUGAAUGGACCUGAACCGGCACCACCCGCCGCCGCCUCCUCUUCAUCAUCUGCCUCCUCCUCCUCCAGACAACCAGUCUUUAGGUUUCUCUCCAAAUUCGGAACAAAGCCUAAACCAAAAUCUUCCAAGUGUAGUGUAAGACAGCAGAUAAGCCAGUAUAAGGAAGAGCUCUCACAGUCCAUCACUUGUGAAACGGGAAUGGAGUUUUGGCUUGGAAAAUGUGACACAUUUUAUCACAGCCUGAAACCAUUAGCAUUAGAUAUAUUGGCAAUGCCAGCUUCUCAAUCUUUUGCAGAAAGAGUGUUCAGUAUCACAGGUGACCUCACUAGAGGGAAACGCAACCGAGCAAAGGUCACACUAGCACGAAGUGCUUUUCUCAAAAUGAAUCGCAGCAAAUAAAUAUUCACACUGUUUGGUUGAGCCUGUGUUGUAACAAGUGAAUAUCUACAGACAGGGUUAACAUGUUUAAAUUUGCUGUUCUUGUAAAUUCUUCUUGUGCAAUUGCUAAAAAGAGCACCUUUGUAAUUUCCAGUGUGCUUUUUGUUUUUUUAUUAAACACGUAAGUGUUAAACAUGUGAAGUGUUUUUUUAUUCAAAUAUUCUAUGUUCUCAGCUGUGUGUGCUAUAUCUGAUCAGUGGUGGUUAAGAGUUUGGACCCUGUGUAUUAAAUUACACUAGUUUUUCCGUGCUCUAUACAAAAGUAUGAAAUUACUUCAUUAGAAAAAAUAUAUGCAUUUUGUUGACUAAAAUUGCUUAUUUUUAUCGACUAAAAUUACUUGUUAUUUUCGUCGACUAAAAUGGGACUAAAACUAAAAUAAAUCCAAUGACUAAAAUUGGACUAAGACUAAAAUUAAUUUUUAGCCAAAAGACUAAGACUAAAAUAAAAUUAAAAUUUCCUGUCAAAAUUAACACUGUCUCUCACUUUUACUCUCCCAAAAGCUUUUACUGACUGAGCGGUCUCUUCAAUGUCUGAUAAGUCAAAGUCAGUAGGAACAUCAUGCAGCACAAAAGCCCUGUUUGGGUCUAUACCUGCUUUACUGCACCAGCUACUAAGCUCAGGUGCAAAUUG